UCCAUACCCAUCCUACAUUUGGAUUCCGUUUCUCACCUAAAAAAUCACUCCUCGUCAACUCAAAACGCCAUUUUUGAUCUUUGAAUCACCUAAUAAUCCUCCUCUCUCAUGGCGGCAAUGGCUGCCUCUCACUUCUUCUGUAGUCACCACAUGAACUAUUCCAGCGAUAGCAUAUCGAAAUUCAGUAAUCCCCUUGGAGAUGGAAGCUUAAGACCGUAUUUUUCUUCCCAUAAGUCAAAAGGGCUCUCAUCUUUUCAAACGAAAUGCAGAAAUUCGAGAACUCAUAUCGUCAAAGCAAUAUCCGAUAGCUCAAAACAUGAAAGAAAACAAGUGGAGCUAGUGUAUAAUCUUGAUGAAAAGCUAAAUAGAUUAGCUGAUGAGGUGGAUAUGAACGCUGGAUUGUCAAGGCUCUCUCUGUUUUCUCCUUGCAAGAUCAAUGUUUUUCUAAGAAUAACGAGUAAGAGGCCAGACGGGUUUCAUGACUUAGCAUCUCUAUUUCAUGUAAUCAGCUUAGGAGAUAAGAUAAAGUUCUCCUUGUCCCCAUCAAAAUCUAAAGAUCGCCUAUCAACUAAUGUGCCUGGAAUCCCACUUGAUGAAAGAAAUUUAAUAAUCAAAGCCUUGAACCUUUACCGGAAGAAGACUGGAAGUGACAAAUUCUUUUGGGUUCAUGUGGAUAAAAGAGUUCCAACAGGGGCGGGGCUUGGCGGUGGAAGCAGUAAUGCUGCAACGGCUCUUUGGGCGGCAAACCGAUUCAGUGGUGGGGUGGCGACUGAAAAGGAACUUCAAGAAUGGUCAGGUGAGAUUGGGUCGGAUGUCCCUUUCUUCUUCUCUAAAGGAGCAGCCUAUUGCACAGGUAGAGGCGAGAUUGUUCAAGAUAUACCCUCACCUGUACCUUUCGAUUUGCCAAUGGUUCUGAUUAAGCCUCCAGAGGCAUGCUCAACAGCUGAAGUCUACAAGCGUUUCCGGUUGGAUGUAUCAAGUACCAUUGAACCUUCAACUUUGCUGGAGAAGAUUUCAAAAAAUGGAAUAUCACAAGAUGUUUGUGUAAACGAUUUAGAAGCUCCUGCAUUUGAAGUGCUUCCAUCUUUGAAAAGACUAAAACAACGCAUCCUUGCUGCAGGCCGUGGGAAAUAUGAUGCGGUUUUUAUGUCCGGAAGUGGAAGCACUAUAGUAGGGGUUGGUUCUCCUGAUCCCCCACAAUUUAUAUACGAUGAAGAAGAUUAUAAGGACGUCUUUUUAUCCGAAGCUACCUUCAUCACACGUGGAGAUCAACAAUGGUACACAGAGCCAUCAUCAUCAAAUGCUACUUCACAUAUGGACAAAUCCAAUUGUGUCGGAUAGCCUGUAUCAUUGUUUAUGGAUAUGGUUGCUGUAAGUGUAAUAAUCCUUUAGGAUCCACGGCUAUAUUUCAGUAUUUAUCAAUUGUGUUGUUGAGCAAGAAAAUUGAUUUGGGUUUUC